AUGCACACGAAGAAGAGCCUCCCAAAGACCAAGAGAAAAGGAAAGAAAGCAGGUGGAGUUUCAGAAGGAGAAGAGCCUUCCAAAGACCAAGAGGUGGAAUUGCAGACGAAGAAGAGCCUCCCAAAGACCAAGAGAAAAGGAAAGAAAGCAGGUGGAGUUUCAGAAGGAGAAGAGCCUUCCAAAGACCAAGAGGUGGAAUUGCAGACGAAGAAGAGCCUCCCAAAGACCAAGAGAAAAGGAAAGAAAGCAGGUGGAGUUUCAGAAGGAGAAGAGCCUUCCAAAGACCAAGAGGUUGAAUUGCAGACGAAGAAGAGCCUCCCAAAGACAAAGAGAAAAGAAAAGAAAGCAGGUGGAGUUUCAGAAGGAGAAGAGCCUUCCAAAGACCAAGAGGUGGAAUUGCAGACGAAGAAGAGCCUCCCAAAGACCAAGAGAAAAGGAAAGAAAGCAGGUGGAGUUUCAGAAGGAGAAGAGCCUUCCAAAGACCAAGAGGUGGAAUUGCAGACGAAGAAGAGCCUCCCAAAGACCAAGAGAAAAGGAAAGAAAGCAGGUGGAGUUUCAGAAGGAGAAGAGCCUUCCAAAGACCAAGAGGUGGAAUUGCAGACGAAGAAGAGCCUCCCAAAGACCAAGAGAAAAGGAAAGAAAGCAGGUGGAGUUUCAGAAGGAGAAGAGCCUUCCAAAGACCAAGAGGUGGAAUUGCAGACGAAGAAGAGCCUCCCAAAGACCAAGAGAAAAGGAAAGAAAGCAGGUGGAGUUUCAGAAGGAGAAGAGCCUUCCAAAGACCAAGAGGUGGAAUUGCAGACGAAGAAGAGCCUCCCAAAGACCAAGAGAAAAGGAAAGAAAGCAGGUGGAGUUUCAGAAGGAGAAGAGCCUUCCAAAGACCAAGAGGUGGAAUUGCAGACGAAGAAGAGCCUCCCAAAGACCAAGAGAAAAGGAAAGAAAGCAGGUGGAGUUUCAGAAGGAGAAGAGCCUUCCAAAGACCAAGAGGUGGAAUUGCAGACGAAGAAGAGCCUCCCAAAGACCAAGAGAAAAGGAAAGAAAGCAGGUGGAGUUUCAGAAGGAGAAGAGCCUUCCAAAGACCAAGAGGUGGAAUUGCAGACGAAGAAGAGCCUCCCAAAGACCAAGAGAAAAGGAAAGAAAGCAGGUGGAGUUUCAGAAGGAGAAGAGCCUUCCAAAGACCAAGAGGUGGAAUUGCAGACGAAGAAGAGCCUCCCAAAGACCAAGAGAAAAGGAAAGAAAGCAGGUGGAGUUUCAGAAGGAGAAGAGCCUUCCAAAGACCAAGAGGUGGAAUUGCAGACGAAGAAGAGCCUCCCAAAGACCAAGAGAAAAGGAAAGAAAGCAGGUGGAGUUUCAGAAGGAGAAGAGCCUUCCAAAGACCAAGAGGUGGAAUUGCAGACGAAGAAGAGCCUCCCAAAGACCAAGAGAAAAGGAAAGAAAGCAGGUGGAGUUUCAGAAGGAGAAGAGCCUUCCAAAGACCAAGAGGUGGAAUUGCAGACGAAGAAGAGCCUCCCAAAGACCAAGAGAAAAGGAAAGAAAGCAGGUGGAGUUUCAGAAGGAGAAGAGCCUUCCAAAGACCAAGAGGUGGAAUUGCAGACGAAGAAGAGCCUCCCAAAGACCAAGAGAAAAGGAAAGAAAGCAGGUGGAGUUUCAGAAGGAGAAGAGCCUUCCAAAGACCAAGAGGUGGAAUUGCAGACGAAGAAGAGCCUCCCAAAGACCAAGAGAAAAGGAAAGAAAGCAGGUGGAGUUUCAGAAGGAGAAGAGCCUUCCAAAGACCAAGAGGUGGAAUUGCAGACGAAGAAGAGCCUCCCAAAGACCAAGAGAAAAGGAAAGAAAGCAGGUGGAGUUUCAGAAGGAGAAGAGCCUUCCAAAGACCAAGAGGUGGAAUUGCAGACGAAGAAGAGCCUCCCAAAGACCAAGAGAAAAGGAAAGAAAGCAGGUGGAGUUUCAGAAGGAGAAGAGCCUUCCAAAGACCAAGAGGUGGAAUUGCAGACGAAGAAGAGCCUCCCAAAGACCAAGAGAAAAGGAAAGAAAGCAGGUGGAGUUUCAGAAGGAGAAGAGCCUUCCAAAGACCAAGAGGUGGAAUUGCAGACGAAGAAGAGCCUCCCAAAGACCAAGAGAAAAGGAAAGAAAGCAGGUGGAGUUUCAGAAGGAGAAGAGCCUUCCAAAGACCAAGAGGUGGAAUUGCAGACGAAGAAGAGCCUCCCAAAGACCAAGAGAAAAGGAAAGAAAGCAGGUGGAGUUUCAGAAGGAGAAGAGCCUUCCAAAGACCAAGAGGUGGAAUUGCAGACGAAGAAGAGCCUCCCAAAGACCAAGAGAAAAGGAAAGAAAGCAGGUGGAGUUUCAGAAGGAGAAGAGCCUUCCAAAGACCAAGAGGUGGAAUUGCAGACGAAGAAGAGCCUCCCAAAGACCAAGAGAAAAGGAAAGAAAGCAGGUGGAGUUUCAGAAGGAGAAGAGCCUUCCAAAGACCAAGAGGUGGAAUUGCAGACGAAGAAGAGCCUCCCAAAGACCAAGAGAAAAGGAAAGAAAGCAGGUGGAGUUUCAGAAGGAGAAGAGCCUUCCAAAGACCAAGAGGUGGAAUUGCAGACGAAGAAGAGCCUCCCAAAGACCAAGAGAAAAGGAAAGAAAGCAGGUGGAGUUUCAGAAGGAGAAGAGCCUUCCAAAGACCAAGAGGUGGAAUUGCAGACGACGAAGAGCCUCCCAAAGACCAAGAGAAAAGGAAAGAAAGCAGGUGGAAUUGCAGACGAAGAAGAGCCUCCCAAAGACCAAAAGAAAAGAAAGCAGGUGGAGUUUCAGAGCGAGAACAGCCUUCCAAAGACCAAGAGACGAAGAAGAGCCUCCCAAAGACCAAAAGAAAAGAAAGCAGAUGGAGUUUCAGAGGGAGAAGAGCCUUCCAAAGACCAAGAGGUUGAAUUGCAGACGAAGAAGAGCCUCCCAAAGACAAAGAGAAAAGAAAAGAAAGCUGGUGGAGUUUCAGAAGGAGAAGAGCCUUCCAAAGACCAAGAGGUGGAAUUGCAGACGAAGAAGAGCCUCACAAAACCAAAAGAAAAAAAAACAGGUGGAGUUUCAGAGGAAGAACAGCCUUCCAAAGACCAAGAGGUUGAAUUGCAGACGAAGAAGAGCCUCCCAAAGACAAAGAGAAAAGAAAAGAAAGCUGGUGGAGUUUCAGAAGGAGAAGAGCCUUCCAAAGACCAAGAGGUUGAAUUGCAGACGAAGAAGAGCCUUCCAAAGACCAAGAGAAAAGAAAAGAAAGCAGUGGAGUUUCAGAAGGAGAAGAGCCUUCCAAAGACCAAGAGGUGGAAUUGCAGACGAAGAAGAGCCUCCCAAAGACAAAAAGAAAAAAAAGCAGCUGGAGUUUCAGAGGGAGAAGAGCCUUCCAAAGACCAAGAGGUUGAAUUGCAGACGAAGAAGAGCCUUCCAAAGACCAAGAGAAAAGAAAAGAAAGCAGUGGAGUUUCAGAAGGAGAAGAGCCUUCCAAAGACCAAGAGGUUAGCCUUACCUUUUCUUCUUUGA